AUGUCCGCCAUGUUCAGCGGUUUGUUCGCAGCGACUGCUUUUUCGGCUUUUCUUUGCUCCAGCGCCAGCCCGUCCUAUCCUGAGCUGAAUCCAGCACUUGGGAAGUACCAGAACGUUGCUCUAUGCAUUCCUUUCGAGGAGACGUGGUACUCAGUGUACAGGAACUAUGAGACGGACCCAGCGUUUGGCAGUAUGGAUAUGUGUACCAGAUUUACUAGCACGGGUCCCGGAGUAAAUGGAACAUAUCCAUUUAUGGUUCAGUAUGGACAAAGCUCAGCCAAUCUAACAGGUACCCUCUCAUCAUCUGAAGGAUAUACUGCGAAAAACGUUAUACACAUGCAAGCACCAGGACAAAACGUUUCGUUGACAGUUUAUGUUGCGUAUCUGGACUGUCAUCAGUGCACAGUCUUCAGAAACAUCUACGCUGGUGAAUGGGCAUGCACCCUCCUCGUUCCCGAGAGCGCCCUGGGAAGGAACGAAACGUGCUGCGAAUUCGUCUUCGAUCUCCUCUGCGGGACAGGUCAGAAGUAUUACAUUUACAACGAGACCUGCCCCGACCUGAAGAAUCAGCCUUGCGGCAGGGAGCUUUGUCUCCGCAGACAUUUCCGGCGGUUAUUAUUGAAACGCCGAUGUCGCGGUAUCGGUGGGGGCUGGUUGGAGUGA